UGGUUUGUCGCUCUGUCCAGUCACCCUAGCAACAACAGACGCCGCCGCUCUGGAUGACGAACCAAUCACCUCCCGCGGUGCUGCUGACGUCAUAUCCGGUCGGCGCGCUGGGUUUGGUUAGUCCUCCAUCUUGGCUAAGGCUAGCAUAGCGGCUAAUGGACCGUGUCCAGAUUGGACGAGGAGAAGCUGAACAGACCGGGACAAGCUGCAGAGUUCACCAAACCGGGUCCGUCCCACCGACCCGACCCGAGACAGGGACCGGCAGAAACCUCUGGACCCGCUCCGGUCCCAGAAACACCCCCCGGUGUCGCUAGCGAGCUAGCCGGGUAACUUCGCCCGCAAAGAGGAACUGUUGCUCCGCGUCAGUUUGGAUCGAUGUCGGUGAACAUCUGUCCGAUAACAAGCCGAACCGAGCCGGGCCGGGCCAGAUAACCCUCCGGCCAGGACGGGGGCCAGGGGCCAGGGAUGCCGGUCUGCUGAGAACGACCCGACCCGAAGUGAAAACAGACCGCUCGCUUCGGGCAGCGGCUCCAUGACCGGACCUGCCUCUCACUGACCCGGGCACCAUGUCCACCAGGACCCCCCUGCCCACCGUCAACGAGCGGGACGCGGAACAUAAUGCUUCAGUGGAGGAUGGGCGUGGCGAGGUGUCCCGCUCCAUCCGCUCCGCUCGCUGUAAAACCUCCUCAUCCGGCGCCGGAGAAGAGUCGCCCCACGUCGGGAACUACCGCCUGAUGAAGACCAUCGGGAAGGGAAACUUCGCUAAAGUGAAGCUGGCUCGACACAUCGGGACGGGACGAGAGGUGGCUGUAAAGAUCAUCGAUAAGACCCAGCUGAACCCCACCAGCCUGCAGAAGCUCUUCAGAGAAGUUCGAAUCAUGAAGAUCUUGAAUCAUCCGAACAUUGUCAAGCUGUUUGAGGUCAUAGAGACGGAGAAGACUCUGUACCUGGUGAUGGAGUAUGCUAGUGGAGGUGAAGUGUUCGACUACCUCGUAGCUCAUGGCAGGAUGAAGGAGAAGGAGGCCAGGGCUAAGUUCAGACAGAUUGUGUCUGCAGUCCAGUUCUGUCAUCAGAAACACAUCGUUCAUCGAGACCUUAAGGCAGAGAACCUCCUCCUUGAUGCUGACAUGAAUAUUAAAAUAGCUGAUUUUGGCUUCAGUAACGAGUUCACUGUGGGAGGGAAACUGGACACUUUCUGUGGUUCUCCUCCAUAUGCUGCUCCUGAGCUCUUCCAGGGGAAGAAGUACGAUGGUCCAGAGGUGGAUGUGUGGAGUCUGGGUGUGAUCCUCUACACUCUGGUCAGUGGUUCUCUACCGUUUGACGGACAGAACCUCAAGGAGCUCAGAGAGCGAGUGUUACGAGGCAAAUAUCGUAUUCCCUUCUACAUGUCGACUGACUGUGAGAACCUACUGAAACGCUUCCUGGUGCUGAGCCCGGGGAAACGAGGGACGCUGGAGCAAAUCAUGAAGGAUCGUUGGAUCAAUGCUGGUUGUGAUGAACAGGAGCUGAAACCGUUCGUGGAGCCACAGCUGGACAUCAGGGACCAGACGAGGAUCGACAGGAUGGUGGGGAUGGGUUACUCUAGAGAAAAGAUCAAUGAAUCGCUCGCCAAGAUGAAGUAUGAUGACAUCACGGCCACCUACCUGCUGCUGGGACGCAGAGCUGCUGAGGUGGAGGUGAAGGACUCCUCGUCCUCCAGCAGCAUCUCUCUGCUCAAACCCCGUCCAUCUCCUGCUCACCUCCUCAUCCAGCGCUCUUCUUCCUCUUCCUCUUCCUCUUCCUCCAAACAGAGGAGGUGCAGUGACCAAGUGUCCUCAGCUGCUCCUCACCCCAGGAAGAGUCAAACAGCAGAGGGGGAGGUGAAGCAGGAAGUGGGAGGUCAGAACAGGAAGUCCAGUCCUGUGGAAGGGGGCAGUCCUCUGCUGGGGAACGACAAUGACCCCAACGUGACCAACGUCCCUGAGCGGAGGAAGACCUCGGCCACGCCCACUGGCGGGUCCAGCAUGACGAGGAGGAACACGUACGUGUGCAGUUCCACUGAUCGUCACUCUGUCGUUCACAAUGGGAAAGAGAACAGCUCGGCCAACACCCCUACCCAGAGAUCUGUGGGUGGAGCCUCGACCCACAGCGUUAGCAGUGGAGCAACUCCCCCCGACCGGCUGCGUUUCCCUCGGGGGACGGCGAGUCGCAGCACCUUCCACGGGGGUCAGCUCCGAGAGCGACGCACCGCCACCUACAACGGCCCCCCCGCCUCUCCCAGUCUGUCGCAUGACAACACACCUCUCGCCCAAUCACGGGCCAGAGGAUCCGCCAACCUGUUCUCCAAAAUCACUUCCAAACUGUCACGCAGUCGUACCAUGGCGUGUGACCAGAGGGCGGAGCCUGCUUCUCCUGCUGCUCCUCCUCUGAAGGAGUCGAAGCCUCGCUCUCUGAGGUUCACCUGGAGCAUGAAGACCACGUCCUCCAUGGAGCCGCUGGACAUGAUGAGGGAGAUCAGGAAAGUCCUGGAUGCCAACAACUGUGACUAUGAGCAGCGAGAAUGCUUCCUGCUGCUCUGCGUCCACGGCGACGGACACGCCGACAGCCUCGUCCAAUGGGAGAUGGAAGUGUGCAAACUGCCCCGCCUCUCGCUCAACGGAGUCCGCUUCAAACGGAUCUCAGGAACGUCCAUCGCCUUCAAGAACGUCGCCUCCAAGAUCGCCAAUGAACUCAAACUGUAGAGACAGACAGGCAGAGAGAGAGACAGACAGAGAGAGAGAGAUAGACAGAGAGAGAGACAGACAGGCAGAGAGAGAGAGACAGACAGACAGACAGAGAGAGACAGACAGGCUGUCUGUCUGUCUGUCUGUGAGAGACAGGAACUGUUCUGCUGUGAUUUACACUUAUGUUUUAUCGUGAAUGGGUUUUGGCUCCGCCCACCAGAGAUCGGGUAAGGGCGGAGUCUUAAUGAGGGGGCGGGGUCAUGUGUGUUUGUGAAUGUAAAUACUUUGACAGAGACUCAACUUGUUUUCAUCUCUUUCAUUUUUCUCUUUUGUACACGAGCGACCGACGUCUGUUGUUUCACCUGUGUCUCAUUAAACACCCUGAACACAGCACAA